AAACCACUCUCGCUUUCCAUAUAAAGCAUGUAGUAUUGCAUCACAUAACUCUCCUAGGAUUAGGAACAUUCAUCUACGGAAAUCUUGUCCUUCUUCUUCUCUCCCGUACUACUCCUUCUCCUUACAAAUCACUCCUAUAAUCUUCAAGUCAAAGGUGAUAUUUGGGAAGGAGCCCUAAAAUAUAAUUUUUUUUACCAAAGAUGGGGAGAGGUAAGAUUGCGAUUCGAAGGAUCGACAACUCCACUAGCCGUCAAGUGACUUUCUCGAAGAGAAGAAAUGGAUUGCUUAAGAAAGCUAGAGAAUUGUCGAUUCUUUGUGAUGCUGAAGUUGGAUUGAUGGUGUUCUCCAGCACUGGCAAGCUUUAUGACUAUGCAAGUACAAGCAUGAAAUCUGUGAUUGAACGCUACAACAAGCUAAAAGAGGAACACCAUCACCUCAUGAAUCCGGCUUCAGAAGCGAAGUUUUGGCAGACAGAAGCAGCAAGCUUGAGGCAACAGCUUCAGUACUUGCAGGAAUGCCACAGGCAAUUAAUGGGGGAAGAACUUAUGGGUUUGGGUAUUAAAGAACUACAAAGUCUGGAAAACCAACUGGAGAUGAGUUUAAAGGGUGUCCGCAUGAAAAAGGACCAAAUUUUAACUAAUGAGAUUGAAGAACUACGCCAAAAGGGAAAUCUCAUUCAUCAAGAAAAUGUUGAACUCUAUCAAAAGAUGGAGCAGAUCCAAAAAGAAAAUGCAGAGCUACAGAAGAAGGUUUAUGAAGCAAGGAGUACAAAUGAAGAAAAUGUGGCAUCCAAUCCUUCUUAUAAGGUCAGAAAUGGAUAUGAUUUACAUGCACCUAUUAGUCUCCAACUAAGUCAGCCACAGCCUCAAUACAGUGAACCAUCAGCCAAAGCAAUAAAACUCGGGUAUCCACUCAAACUGAUAUAUCAAGUCUAUAAUUUUUCUUUUUAAUUUCACAAGAAAUUAAACACUUAAUCUCUGUACCAGAUUGCAGCUGCAUUAGCAAAAACUGUUCAGUAAUCGGGGAGGUUGUCAUUUUGUACCAAGCAGCCAACAAAGCAACAACUUCUCCCUAGAAUGAUCAGACUUCUUUGAGUUGGAUCUUGUAGUUCAUCAACCACAUUUGUUCCAUUCAACAGUACAACAUAUGUAUGGUACGAGAUUAUCUACCAAGAAGCAUACAAUUGCUGUUAAGGAUCAGACAUAAUGUUUACCUUUGUAAAUUUUGUGCAAUAAAAACAUAACACAAUUGAGUCUGGUGUUGUUUUAUAUAAAUUCUAAAUACAUAUGUUGUGAUCAAUUAAUUCGUAUUCAGAAUGCAACCAUCUAUGCCUAUACCU